AUGGCCAACGACAACGACAAUGAGAAGUCCCAGAAUGUCCCUAAGCCUAAGGCCAAGGACAAGGACGACGACAAGCAGUUGGCGAGUCGUGCUGGGCCACAGAGCGGACAGCACAACUCGUCAGUCGGAAAUGUCAGCCGUGGGAGUAUCAUGAGCGUCCUCCCUCGCAACGCUCUGACGCUCGAGAAGUCGGGGAAUGGGCUCGGUCAACAACAGGUUGGCCUAACGCAUGGGCAAACCGGUCAGUUGGUACUGAACGAGAUGUGCAUGACGGACCUUACAGGCAACACCUCCAGGACCUUGGAGGUCUGCGGACAUGAAGGCAUCACUGCUUUUGUCUCGGCACGGAGACCCGAUGAUAUCAUAACUGGCUACCUCACCAUGACCAACGCAAAGGACUGGCUCGCCAAGGACGCCAAGAGGAAUCGGAUCUCAAUCGAUGAGGAAGACAGAGAGGCCUACGCGGCAAGGAAAGCCGCCAGAAAGGCUAGAGAAGCUGCGCUCUUGCAGCUGGCGGACCAACGAGAGUCUGGUCAGCAAAGCGGUCAAGACCAAGGCCGAACUGACGACAACUCUCAGAGACACCCCCUCUGCGUUGGUUGCAAGUCAGAGAAGCACACUCUGGCUGAAUGCCUUAAGGCUGGUGCGGACGGGUACAUGAAGGGCUGCCCAUUAUGCAACACGAUGGAGCAUAGUGCCGGUAACUGUCCUCACCCAGCUCUCAAGAACAACAAACUCUUGAGCGUCCGAUAUUUCAUCAACAAUCGACGCAACAUGCCAAGCUUCUUGGACAUCAAGACUUGGUAUCCCCUUGUCAACAAGAAUAUCCCCCAAAGUGACCUUAGGCAAGAUUCUCAGUUCCCGUGGACACCUGAGUUCACCAAGUCCAUCGUCGGCUGCAUCGAUGAUCUCCAGCGCAUGGUGGAGGAGAAGGGUCUCGGUGAGGUGAAAUUACCUGUGGAUCCCAGUGUGAAUGGGUGGCCUAAUGUAGUCGCCUACUAUCAGAGCCUGAAGAGGGACGAGAAAGAGAAAGCCAUGGGUGAGAAAGCUGCGGCGGCGUUUCAGGGUUCUUCCUUGGUGCCUGACUCGGAACCUACUGUGCCUGAGGAGGAGGAGGAGGAGGAGGAGGAUGUCGACAUGGCUGGCAACGCUCGGGUUGCUAGUCCUCCUCUGCCCACUGAACAAUCUGCGGCUGCUCCAGGGCCUGUGCUUGCCGAGGCGGUAAACCCUGCCCAUGCAAAGGAGCAUCAUGAUGCAUCGCAACGUCAACCCUGGGAUGACGAUAGCAGCGAUGGCGAAAUUCUCGACGAUGACGACGAUGACGACGACGACGACGACGAUGACGACGACGACGACGAUGAGGAUAUGGGUGUCAAAAACAUGAAGAGACGCCAGGCUAAGCUGAAGGACGCAAAGAGGUUCGUCCGCGCCAAGGGCUGUCCCCCUGGGUGGUAA